AUGGCGCUGCAGUUGAAUAAAGACAAAUAUAAUACAAAUGAACUUAGCAUGGCUUCUCUAGUUGCACUUUGCUCAGAUUGCAAGAGACUUUGCGUCGAGAAGACCGGCAGAAUGGUAGAGAACAUGAGUCGGGCCCCACGUGGUUGGGAAGAAGAAUAUACGUCGGCUGCUGAGAAGCGCCGGGGGGAAGACUACGAGUUGUGCCACAGUCGCUGUCUUCGUGUAACGUCGGUUUGUCCAUCACCAACAGCUCUCGAGUGGUUUGAGUCUUUGGGAUACAGAAGAGUGGCGGAGAUGUCCCCAACGGAUGGAAUUCCCACAAUUCAGCAGGUGUCGAGGUGCGAAUACGCCCUCACAGAUUUCACCAAUGUGCUGUUUUCUCUGGCCCAUAAGCCGAGCAAGGUCAUGUUUGACAAAGUUAAUCCCAAAACAGGGGAGAGGUUGGAUAGGGAGGUGGGAGGCGAAUCUUCGGAUAUCAAGAAGCCAGUGCUUGGGGCUGGGUCAAUUGAUGAGGCAAUUUUGAAUCGCUGGAGCUCCCCCAAACGGGGGCGUAGGGAUAUGGAAGACUUAGGUCUUAUUCGAUCCCCGCAUGAUUCGACCCAAUUUAAGCGUGAACUGGAAAGGCAGGACAUGAAGGUGGGAGGUACAACACCAAGGUGGUGA